AUUUGCAAGUUUCUUUAGAUGUGGCAAACCUAUGCAUCAGUUGUGAAAAUAAAAGCAAAUUAAACAAGCGUCGCAACCAUGAAGAUGAAAUUAAUAGACUCUGUUGUAAGAAGCUUUAAAGUGGCAAAGGUGUUUAGGGAAAACACAGACAAAAUAAACGCUAUUGACUUUUCCCCAAAUGGGGAGCAUUUGAUAUCAUGCAGUGAAGACGAUCAAAUUGUGAUUUAUGACUGCGAAAAGGGCACUCAAUCCAGAACAGUCAAUUCGAAAAAAUACGGCGUGGACCUUAUACAUUUUACUCAUGCAAAUAACACGGCCAUCCAUAGCUCCACCAAAGUUGAUGAUACCAUACGAUAUCUGAGUUUGCAUGAUAAUAAAUAUUUGCGUUAUUUCCCUGGCCAUACAAAGAAGGUAAUAACUUUGUGCAUAUCGCCCGUCGAUGAUGCAUUCCUGUCCGGAUCGUUGGAUAAGACAUUGCGUAUAUGGGAUUUACGUUCACCAAAUUGCCAAGGGUUGAUGCAUUUAUCUGGUCGCCCCGUAGCAGCCUAUGAUCCGGAAGGUUUGAUAUUUGCAGCUGGUGUCAACUCUGAAAGUAUUAAAUUAUACGACUUACGUUCUUUCGAUAAGGGUCCCUUUGUAACAUUCAAAUUGAACCAGGAAAAGGAAUGUGAUUGGACUGGGCUAAAGUUUUCACGUGAUGGCAAAACUAUUUUGAUAAGCACAAAUGGUUCUAUAAUACGUUUGAUAGACGCAUUCCAUGGAACACCGCUACAAACAUUUACUGGAUAUCCCAACACCAAAGGCAUACCAAUUGAAGCUAGCUUCAGCCCUGACUCACAGUUUAUAUUCUCGGGCAGCACAGACGGUAGAGUUCAUGUAUGGAAUGCGGAUACUGGUUACAAGGUGUGUGUUUUAAAUGGCGACCAUCCCGGACCUGUUCAAUGCGUUCAGUUUAACCCAAAGUACAUGCUUCUUGCAUCCGCCUGUACCAAUAUGGCAUUUUGGCUUCCAACUUCUGAGGAUGGAUUAUAGAAAAACUAGAUUUUAGUUUAUUUUUAAAUGAUAAAUGAAUAUCUUUAAGUUAUUUUUUAUUGUUCGGCUUUAGUAUCUUGACUUUAAAACAAGACGAAAAAAAUAAACCGACCUUGAUUCAAAUAUACCAUAAA